GUAAACGACCCAGAGAAAAAAAAAAAACGAUGCGCGAGUCGUCGUCAUUCAGCAUCCCCUUUAACGACUCGGCGCACUCUCAGCUCCGCGAAGCGCGGCUCCGCUCUUCCUUUCACGCUGCCUUCAGCGCACGCGCGCGCACUUUCCGAGUACGCGCGCUCUCGCUUGAGAUUGCGCGCGAAAAGGCGAUCGACCUUGCCCGCGAGCUCCGCGCGCUCUCGCUCUCUCGACCGUGCUCGGCGUGUCUGGCGGCGCGCUCCGCCGCAACGCCCAGAGGAGCGGCGGCGUGCGUCUCCGGCCGCACCGGUUGUUGAGUCAGCCUCUCCUCGCGGGAGCGCGCGAGGCGCUCGCCGGCUGCUGCCUCGUUCGCCGGAUCGGCCUCCUCCGGCUGGACCCAAGCCAGUCAGUCGCACGCCGUGCUCGCGUGUGGGCAGCCCAUGCUGCCACGGACCGCUCGCAGCAUGGAUACGCUCGCUGGUGUCGCCGCUCUUCUGCUUCUAAUCGCCACUUGCAUCGCACCGGUACCGGCUCAGGAUGUCAAGCCCCGAGUGAAGCUCAGCGACUUGGUUUCUGAAGAAUACGACGUGAUGCAGCCGCCAAUCGAAGGAGGGCGACCCGUCGUGGUGAACGUGUCGGUGUCGGUGCUCAACAUCCGUUCGGUGGACGAAGGACGCCAGUUCGUCGAGGUGGAUGUUUUUCUCCACGAGCACUGGUACGACUGGCGACUCAACGGCCGUGUCAAUGAAAAGGUCAUCGUCGACCCUCGCUGGUACCCAGAACUGUGGACGCCUGAGGUCUACUUCAAGAACUCGGCCGAUGGUCGCCUGGACAAAGUGAUCUUCCCGUACGCCUACAUCACGCUCGAGCCGUCCGGCGAAUUUUUCCUGGCUGCCCGCGUCUCCCUCAAGCUGGCCUGCAACAUGGACCUGAGCAGGUUCCCACACGACAACCAGUUCUGCGACAUGCAACUGAGCAGCCUCGUCCACCCUAGGGAGCAGGUGAUACUUCACUGGAAAUCCUUCCGCAUCACCAAGAACCUCUCUUUGUCGCAGUUCAAGACCAUCUACGUCGGGCACGGUGAUUGCACAAAGUCGUUCGACGUCGGCACGUUCAGCUGCCUCUACGGCCGCGUCGAGCUGCGCCGUCGCGCCGGCUACUACCUCAUCAACAAGUACGCGCCCAGCACCGUCAUUGUGUUCAUGUCGUUCGCCGCCUUCUGGAUGCCCUGCGAGGCGCUGCCGGCUCGUGUCACGCUCAGUGUCACCUCACUGCUCAGCUUGGUGACCGCUCAGUACAACGCGCACAUGCCGAGCGUGUCGUACGUGGUGGCCAUGAACGUGUGGAUGAUCAUAAGCAUUCUGUUCGUGUUCCUGGGCCUCGUCGAGACGGCGCUCAUCGUCACCUGCACGGCGAAGCAGAAGAAGGGCGUCGGCCGCUGGCCGAGGCCCGUGCUCGUCGACUGGGUCGCCAGGAUUGUGUUCCCUACGGCGUUCUUCGUGCACUCGCUCAUUUACUGGGGUGUCUACGGCCGGGACUGAUCGCCUACGCUAAGCGGCGAACAGAAUACUAAACAUGAGCCACGAGGAACUGUCGAAUCGCGAUGGAGAAUGCAAGAAGGCAGAGUACUUGUAACAAGUAUGCAUUCCGUCGUCAGAACUCUGCAGCUUUCCUCGUGGAGGUGCUCUUGUAAGUGCGGGCUUAUGGCGUGAACUUAGUCGCCUAAACUAGGCGCGGGACAGACAGUUCGAGUUGAAUCUAGGGGAACGCCGGACAUAUGCGGAAAGCGCAGGAGAGUGGAGCGGUUCUUGGCCGGCGGGGACUCGCAAGUUCACGAGUAUUAAUUUUUCCAGUGUUUCUCGUGCCGGCGUCCACACAGUGCGGCGCCAGCUAUGUGGUCCCGCAAGCUUAUUCGUUUAACUGAGCCCUGAACCGAGGGCAAAUACUUAUUUCGAGGAAUAGCGAGCAUGUCGAGGCAGAUGCUAUGAAAGAAGGUGUAGCACUCGAAACAUGGCGAGAUAUAUUCUCUUGCUAGCAGAUACUGUGCAGCGUGCGUAGCACCAACUGGUGUUCACAUAAUCUGGUGCCUUCUAAAGGCGCCUCUAUUUCUGCCUGGAGAAACAGCGGAGAUUUCAGGAAAGUGCGGGGCAGUUCAGGGCGCUUCAGGUUUACGCACCUACAAUAAGCCUUUAUGAAAACGUAAAGGAAAUGCCCAGAAAAAGUUGUACGAUAGCUGUGCUAGCACGCUGUGGCAAGUGUCCGAUCUCCGCUGCGCUAAAGAAUCAUUCCGCCUUUGCUGGAGGUUUGCCAUUGUUCGCGUUCUGCCUAGCGACGCUGAGUUAUGACAAUUGAAUUCAAUUGAUAAACUAUUUCCGCGGCGUACUUGCGUCUUAGCUAGAAUACACGGCCAAGCAGUCAUGUCAUGUGGUGGUGCUGUGAAUAUACCCAGUUUUCGGAUUACGAAAAACGUUUUAAAACAAACGUUAGUCUUUUGCCGCUCCUGCGUAUUUGACUGGCUCGACUACACCUGCACGCACUGACUUGGCGGCUUGUCACCCCAGUGUUCUUAAUUGACGUCUUAGCGCCUAAGUAACCCAGAGCCAUAAAGAAAGACGGCUAGAUUCGCUACGCUGAUGCUUCGUACCUUUUAUACAAAAGAUGGCAAGGAGUAAUGAAAUACGAGGAAUACUAUAUCUACAAUAUCCACGCUGAUACAGGCAGGCCUCUUACCUAAGCGCCAUUUCUACGAGGAGUGUGAGUUGGUCUCUUCUAUAAAACGAAGUAAAUGAAUGGUUUUACUGUAGUUCAAGUAGUGUUCAAGUUUAGUAGAGUACUGCUAAGUACUACUAAGUUGUAGCAUGCCCAUACACUCAUGUCUGGGCCCUCCCUAUUGAGCACAGAGAUUUUCCAGUGAACUGCGACAAUAUUCUUUGUAUAUAUUCCGUCCUUGAAUUUCAGGCGCUGUUUAAAAAAAUGUUUGCUUGCGUUAAGAACCUAUAGUAGAACAAAAGUUCGGAGG